AUGUUCGCGCCGCCUUCGAAUCCGUCUCCCCAGCUCCAAACCGUGUUACGUUGGUUCCAAGCGAUCGUGCAAUGGGACUUCAACGCACUUGAAACUCUCCUCUCGGACGACUACCUGCACGUCACUCUGCCUGCAAGUGCAGGCGAUCCGAAUAAAAACAAAGAGCAUGGCAUCGCUCAUGCGAAGAGCACUGCAGCGUUGUUGGGUGGACAGAACAUGAACUUUGAGCUUUACGAUGCUAACGAGUCAGAAGGAAAGAUAUGGACUCACGCGAGAUUGUACACGAAGUUGGCCAACGGGGCAGUUUACGACAACGAAUCUAUCUUCCUGUUCACGCUCUCUGCAGGAAAAGAGCCGCAGAUCAAUGUGAUCAAGGAGUUCAUAGACACGAAGGCCGUGGCGGAGCGGGCAAAGGCGGUUUCUGGGGACAAUUGA